AUCAAACGCAAGUCACUAUUGAAGGUCUGCAGCCCACCGUUGAGUAUAUGGUCAGUGUCUACGCUCAGAAUCAGAAUGGAGAAAGCCUCCCUUUGGUUGAGACAGCUGUCACCACAAUUCCACCUCCAACAAACCUGAAGUUUACUCAGGUAACUCCCACCAGUCUUACAGUCAACUGGAACGCACCAAACGUUCGCCUCACUGGCUACAGAGUCAGAGUGAACCCCAAAGAAAAGACUGGUCCUAUGAAAGAAAUCAACCUGUCUCCAGACAGUACAUCUGCUGUCGUGUCUGGAUUAAUGGUAGCAACCAAGUAUGAAGUGAGCGUGUACGCCCUGAAGGACUCUCUGACCAGCCGACCAGCCCAGGGGGUGGUCACCACUCUUGAAAAUGUUAGUCCCCCUCGCAGGGCCCGUGUGACAGAUGCCACUGAGACAACCAUCACCAUCACCUGGAGAACCAAGACUGAGACCAUCACUGGCUUCCAAGUUGAUGCCGUCCCAGCAAGUGGCCAGAACCCCAUUCAAAGGACCAUCAGCCCUGAUGUUAGGACUUACACUAUCACUGGCUUGCAACCUGGCAAUGAUUACAAGAUCUACCUUUACACUCUGAAUGAGAAUGCACGCAGUUCCCCGGUAGUGAUUGAUGCCUCCACUGCUAUCGAUGCUCCUUCUAACCUGCGCUUCCUUACAACCACAAGCAACUCCCUCCUGGCUACCUGGCAGCCUCCACGAGCCAAGAUCACAGGGUACAUCAUCAGAUAUGAGAAACCUGGCUCACCAGCCAAGGAGGUUCUGCCUCGCCCUCGACCCAGCACCACCGAGGCUACUAUUACUGGUCUGGAACCAGGAACUGAAUACAUCAUCUAUAUCAUUGCUGUGAAGAACAAUCAAAAGAGUGAACCACUGGUUGGCAGAAAAAGGACAG